AAUAUGUAUCUGCGUGCUCUCGUGUGAGCUUCCGGACGCGGGAGGCAGGUGCAGUGCUGUCGGGGCUCGCCGGAGCCGGGUCGUCCCCCGCCCGCGGCCGCAGAUGGUGCCGUCCCGGAGCACCACCCUCCCGGGGGCUGCGUGUGGCUUCCGGUCGCGGAGCGGUUCUUGCUGUGGUGGUCUUGGUGCCCGCCGGGAGGCUGCCAAGUGGCUUUUUGGGUCCGGGACGGGAGUUCGAGGAGUCUGGCUCUCCCUGCUCAGUGUCCGUGCGGAGGUUGGAGCGUGGCUGCGGAGUUCGUCCCUGAGGAGGUCGUACCUGAAGAGGUCGUGUCUGGGCGGGAGGAGGAAGGGUGAGCAGAGCCCGAGUGACCCCGCCCUUCAGCCUUUACACGCCUGCCCCUGGGUGGGGCGAAUCUCUCUGUCUUCAUCCUCGUUCCUGGCUCUGGUGUUGGUUACUGGAUGCAGAAUGAAUUGUCGCUCGGAGGUGUUGGAGGUGUCCGUGGAGGGGCGACAGGUGGAGGAAGCCAUGCUGGCUGUGUUACACACGGUGCUACUGCACCGCAGCACAGGCAAGUUCCACUACAAGAAGGAAGGUACCUAUUCCAUCGGCACCGUGGGCACCCAAGAUGUAGACUGUGACUUCAUUGACUUCACCUAUGUGCGUGUUUCCUCUGAAGAGCUGGACCGUGCUCUGCGCAAGGUUGUUGGGGAAUUCAAGGAUGCACUGCGAAACUCAGGUGGUGAUGGGCUGGGCCAGAUAUCCUUGGAGUUCUAUCAGAAGAAGAAGUCUCGCUGGCCUUUCUCAGAUGAGUGCAUUCCUUGGGAAGUGUGGACAGUCAAGGUUCACGUGGUAGCCCUGGCCACAGAGCAAGAGCGGCAGAUCUGCCGGGAGAAAGUGGGUGAGAAGCUGUGUGAGAAAAUCAUCAACAUUGUGGAGGUGAUGAACCGGCAUGAGUACCUGCCCAAGAUGCCCACGCAGUCAGAGGUGGACAACGUGUUUGACACAGGCUUGCGGGACGUGCAGCCCUACCUGUACAAGAUCUCCUUUCAGAUCACUGAUGCCCUGGGCACCUCGGUCACUACCACCAUGCGCAGGCUUAUCAAAGACACCCUUGCCCUCUAGGCCUUGCUGGAGCUUUGAUCUUGGUUCCCAGACCGUGCCUUCUGGGAAUUGCACUGCCAGGCCUUUGAGGCUGUGGAACCUGUUCUGGGUCCUUGGUGAGACUUGGUGAAGGGCAGCCCUGGCUUCCUUGUUUUGUGGUUGCCAACCACUGUCACCCCUGUAACCUUGACUGAGGAUAAAGUCCAGCCCACAGUCUCUCCACACCAUUGGGGUGUGUCCCCUUUCCUUCUCCCAUGUACAGAAAAGCUACCAUGAGGAUGGUGAAUAAAAUUGAGA